GAAUAGAAGCAAUCGGUCGCCCUGCGCCUUCCCGCGCUCGCGCCCGACAGCUCAACGCCGUUUGUCGACAGCCCCUGCGUGCGCCGGUUUUGAAUGGUGGAGCGUCUUGUGCCAGCUCAGGCUGGCGGGCAACGAAGUCAUGGAGCUCGACUGUUGGCUGCGAUAGGUGGAGGGCCCAAAGGAGCCAAGACCGGAGGAGCUCCAGCAUAUCGGGGCACGCCCGCGGGCGCCUCACAGCUGCCCUUUCCUGUGCUCAUUCCUCCGAGCGGGCCUAUGCCCACCCGCCGGGACGGCUUAGCUGCAGGGCGAGGCAAUGCACAGCUUCAGGACGCGUACGAUAUGGGCAACAGCGAUGGGGAGGCGGAGGGCUCGGGGCAGGCGGCACCGGCCUGGCCCAAGUCGACGGGCAUGAAGAGGCCGCCUGGGGCUGCGUUUGGCGGCAGCGAGCCCAGGAAGCAGCAGUGUACCGUCAAGUCCAUGUUUGCUGCGCAGCGGGAGCGGAUAUACCAGAACCGGCUGACGCCGGCGGGCAUGGUCAACUUGGGGAACACCUGCUACCUCAACUCCGUCAUCCAGGUACUGCUGCACAUGCCCAGCUUCAACGGAGACCUGGGGCACCCGGCGCUGGAGAAGCUGCGGAACCAGCAGCUGCUGCCGCACGGCUCGGCGGGCGUGUGGGCGGCGCUGCAGGCCACCGCGCACCGCCUGAGGAUUGCCACCGCCUCCCGCAGCCCCAGCUCGGACCUGGCCAAGCCCGCGGUGGAGCCGGGCGAGCUGCGCGCCGCCAUGGGCCGCCGUAGCGGGCGCUGGCGCGGCUUCGGGCAGCAGGACGCGCACGAGUUCCUGGUGGAGCUGCUGGAGGCGCUACAGAGCGAGGUGCUGGCGGCGGAGGCGGUCGCUGCGGGCAAGCAGAGCAUCCGCAUGUCCCGCACGCGCGACCCCGCCGCGCGCAACCUGUCGGGCUGCCUUGCGCACACGUGGACGUGCCGCAGCUGCGGGCACGUGGCGCGCGCCAAAGAGGUGUUCAGCUGCCUCAGCCUGCAGCUGCCGCCCUCGGGCUGCGUGCGACUGGAGGACCUGGUGUCGGAGUUCCUAAAGGACGAGGUGGUGGACAAGAACUGCGACUCGUGCUCGCCCAGCUCGCCCGUGCCGCACACCGCCAGCCACCACUUCUGGCGCCUGCCGCGCGUGCUGGUCGUGCACAUCAAGCGCUUCAUGCCGCUGCAGCAGCAGCUGCCCGCGCCCGCCCUGCUGGCGCCAGCGGCGCAGCCACCGCCGUCCGCGCCCGGUCAGGGCGUGCAGCGGGAACAGACCAAAGAGGGCUCCAUGCCGGCGCCGUCCGCGCCGGGCUCGAUGGAGGACGAGGCAGAGGCGCCGGCGCCGCCGGCAGGUGGCGAGAGCAGCGGCGCGCCUACGCCGCCGCUGCGGGACUCGCUGACACCGGGCACGCCGCCGCCGCAAUCGGCGCUGGCGCCGGCCGCCGCGCCCCAGCAGCAGCGGGAAGCGACGCCGCCGGCGCCCUACUACUAUGCAAAGGUGCACACGUCGGUGGAGGUGGAGCCGCGACUGGACCUGGCGCGCUACUGCGACGGGGGCGCGAGGGCGCACGUGCACCUGCUGGAGGGCGUGCCUCCGGCCACACUGGAGCGGGCCGCUGUUGACGCGGCUGUCGACGCGGCGGCAGGUCCGGGGCCCAGCGGCGCGGGGCCGGCCGCUGUCGCAACGGCGCGGGCACCGGAGGUCUGCCAUACGCUGGACACCGUGGGAGGGGGUUCUACUUGCCCCAGCCCUUCAUUCAUGCUGAGGUCGGGGCUUCAGGAGCGGACGGUGGAGGUGGGGCACCGGGACGGCACCGGCGCCGACGGCGGUGGCGGCACCAGCACCAUUUGGAGCACGGGCGGCAUGGCGGCAGCGGCCGCGUGCGGCGAGGCCACACCCCUCGGCGGGAUCGCGCCCUCCUCUCAUGCGCGCACCCAACACCGUGACAGGCAGGGGCUUGGCGAUGACGGGGCAGCGUUGGGGCUGGGCACCGGACGCCGAAGCCAGCCCGGCUGCACCGGAGGGACCGCAAACGGGUCAGCAGACGGAAGCGCCGGCGGCGUGACGCCAGCGGUGGGCGUGUCCGGGCGCAAGGACCCUCGUGUGCUGCCGACCAGCCGCUUCUUCAGCCCAGCCGGGGGCAGCGGCGGCGGCAGCGGCGACGGCGCCGCCGGCGCCGUCACGCCCGCCACGGGCCGCGUGGGUCGCGUGCCCUUCGCCGCCGACUUGGCGCUGGACCUCAGCACGCGCAAGCCGGUCGGCGCCUCCGGCGCAGCGGCCGCUGCCGCGGCUGCGGCCGCCCGCGCGGCCGCCGCCGCCACUGCUGCCGGCGGGGGAGGCGUUGAUGGCGGGCUGGGUGGCGUGGGCGGGCUGCUGGGUCACAAGCGGCUGGAGGACAUGACGGACGAGGAGCAGCUGGAGUACGCGCUACAGAUGAGCAUGCUGGACCAGCAGGAGCCGGCAGCGCAGCCGGGGGAGGUGCAGCCGGAGGCGGCGGCGCCGGCGCCGGCAAAGUUGGGUGCGCCGCCAGCAGCGACAGCGGCCAAAGCAGCGGCGGCAGCCACGGGCGGUGCCACCGGUAGCGCGGGCGGCUGCAACGGCGGUGUAGGGGACGGUGCCAACGCCACCGCUGGCAAGUCCGGCGGUGGGCACAGGGUGGUGCUGGACCUGUCGGACGCGGUACCGGGCCGCGCGCCUCCCAAGCCGGCGCACGUCAAGGGCGACAGCAGUGACAGCAGCGGAGGCGGCUGGGUAAACGGCGUGGGCGGCAAGCACCACCCGCUGGGGUCGCUCCACCAUGAGCACCACCAGCACCAGCCCCGGGAUGCCGGCAGCGGAGGCGGGACUGGCAGCGCGGGCGCACCGGACGUCGACGACGGCGCGGCGCCUGUCAUGUUCGCGGAUGGAGACGACGCCAGCCCGCUCGAAAUCCAGGACGAGAGCCCGAGUGGGGCCGUGGCGCGGGCAAAGGCUGGGAAGGCAGCUGCAGCCGGCGCGGCCAUGGGGCCGGCGCUGUCGGAGGCCAGCGGUGAGGGCGGGGGCAGCGCGGUGGACACAGGUGCAGACGACGACAACGACCACCAUCACAACCACAACUCGGACAAGCACGCCCCCGCCGCGGGCACGGGGCUCAAGGGCGGGGUGGUGGGCGGCAGCGGCAUCACGCGGAUCAAGCCCGGCGGCCGCAAGGCAGCCGGCCUGCUGGCCAGCAAGCGCCGCAAGAAGCGCGGCCUGCUUGCGGGCACUGGUGGUGGCCACGAGCACACGCACGCGCACGGCACCCAUGCGGGCUUCGGCUUCUUCAGCGGGACGGGCGCUGCAAACGACGGCACCACCGCGCAGUCGCCGGCGGCCGCGCGGGCCGCUGCCGACGACUCGGACCGGGACGCGGAGAUUGCGGGGUGGGGCGGUGGCGGCGCCGCGGGCGACGAAGCCGACACGGAGGCCGCCAACGACAUGGAGUUGGAUCCAGACAUGCUGGAGGCCAUCCGGCUGAGCAAGCAGACCUUCGAGCAGGAGCAGCGGCAGCGGCACACCGGAACACCGUUGGGCGGCACAGCUGGCGGAGGCGGCGUUGGCGCGGCGGGCGGGCAUGGGGCCGAGGACGCCUGGCAGCGGGUGCUGGCGACGCCGGACGCAGUGGCGGCGGAGGUGCAGGCACAGGGGUGGGGGCGGGCGGGCGGGCACAGCGGCGCGCAGGCGCCGCCGCCGUCGCCGCCGGGCCGCAAGGCCGGGAGAAGGGCGCCCGUCCUGGUGGGGAACGACUGCAUCCAAUGUGUCAUUAAUUGGAACAAUAACGACGACGACGUACUUACUGACGACCAGGCCAACGACGUUGAAGCGGGUGACGGCGACGUGGGAGCCAUUCCAGGUCAGCGCGGUGCUGCAGGCGACGGCGACGGCUGCGUUCCCACGCUUGCGCGCGCCGGCAGCGGCACCGGGCCCGCAAGCGGCCGCCACCGAAGCCGCAACGGCGCGUCCAAGGUCAGCGAGGACUUUAAGUUCGCUUUUGAUAACUGGAGGGAGAACAACGGGGGCGCGGCGCAGCCGCCCGCACAGGACGGGGUCGGGAAGCGCGCGGCGCCGCUUGGGGAGCGCGCGCUCAUCUUGGUGCCCGAGUUUGCGACGGCGCCCGGGGCGGCGCUGUCUUCCGGCCGAGCCGGCGGAGCCGCGGCAGGUGGCGCCGCCUCCGCGGGCCAGGCCGGCGGAGCCGGAGACAGUGGUGGCGGCGGCGGCGACGCGCCAGUGACACGCGUGGACCUGACUGGUGGCGACGACGAGGAGGAUCCGGAGCUUGCCAAGGCGCUUGCUCUAAGCAUGGAGACGUACACGGAGGACAUCGAGCGGCAGUGCAACAACUGCCUGGCGGACGCCGCAGGCGCCGCCGCGGGCGGCGGCGGGGCCGAGCACGACCUGGCCGGCGGCGUGGCGCUGUCGGCGGGGGCCCCCGGCGGCAGCGGCGGCGGCGCGGCCGCCAGUGACGCGGAGGGCGGCAGCGGCGCGGAGGUGCUGCCGCCCUUGCGGCCCAAGGUGGUACUCGUGGACGACAGUGACGGCGACGGCAACGGCGGCCAGGAUGCCGCGACCGGCAGCGAGCAGGCCGAUGACGACGCCGACGGGCCCACCCCAAUGGAGGUCGCCGAUGCUCCCGCCGCGGUGGCCAAGGGGGUCGCCGGGGUGGAGGGCGAGCCGGUGGUGCGGGCGGUGCGGGCGGCGGCGGUGGCGGCGGCGGCAGUGCUGCCACUGCGGCAGGCGGCCGCGUACCGGCUGGUGGGGGUGGUGCGGCACAAGGGGCAGACGCCGUUCUCGGGGCACUACGUGGCGGACGUGUUGGUACGGCACACCGCUGAGGGCGCGCCGGUGUGGUACGAGCACAACGACUCGGUGGUGAGCCAGGUGGCCUUCGCGCGCGUGCAGCAGGACGCCGCGCAGCAGGGCUACAUGCUGUUCUUCGCCAACGACCUCACGCGGGCGGCCACGGAGGCGGCGCGGGCGGCGGCGGAGGAGCGUGCCAAGCCGGAGAGCGCCAAGGCGGGGGCUGCGACGGCGGGGCCUGCGACGGCGGGGGCUGCGGGCGGGGCGUGGGCGUGGGUGAACGGCGGCAAGGCUGCGGAGGCGUGAGGUGGAGAUGUACGCAUGUGUGUGUUAAAGAGCACAAGGAAAACAACAGCAUGUGUGUGUGUGUGUGUGUGUGUGUGUGUUUGGGGCAAUCGAGGCCAGUCCCAAGGAAACCGGGCGUAGGAUGAUGUGCACGUUGUAGAUGCAGAAACGGCUGGGGUCUUCUUGCGUGUGAGUGACGUGUGACCGCUUUUCGUGCACAGACUUUUUUACGGAUCUAAGGGGGAGCGAGAAGUGCCUUCGCACGUCCAUGGACAAUGCCCCCAACAUAGAGGCGUGUGCUUAGUAGGCGCCCGCGUCAAGGUGGCUGGGUUGAUAAUGACCCGGGAGGGGAGGGCUCAGCCCUUUUCCUGCCUCCCUAAGGCAGCCACCUCCUUGUUUACGGAUCUGCUUUAGGACAGUACUGACCAGUAGACAGGUUGUGAUAGAACAAAUAGUGUAGUGUAUGUUCUAGGACAGCUGCGCGAGGGGGAGCUGGCAGUUGUGCGUGCAGCCGGCUGGGAAGCUGCGUGCCAGGCCUGGACGUGCAUGGACAGCAUGGCGGCUGACGCGGUUUGGGUGGCUGCGCGAGAGAGAGCGGGUAGUUACGCGGGCGGACGGCUGGGAAGCUGCGACUGGGGCCGGCAGUCAAGUGCGCGUGGCUGGCUGUUUGGCGUGCCGCGCGGCUGGGAGCGGACAGUUGCGGUCAGCGCCGGCGGGAGAAAGGUGCGUGCCGCGCUGCUGGCUGGUGUAGGCUCAGAGGGAAACGCCGGGGAAAU